AAUUAUAUUAAUGUUAACGACUGCAUGUAAUAUUUAUUUCAUAUGCAUUCACAUUUGAUAUGUGUGUUCUCUAAUAAAUUUGCAGUUCCACAAUGAGACUCGCAGUUUGACAUUUGAUUUUUGAGGUUAUAUAAAUAUAUAACGAGUAAAAUUACGAUUUUAGUCUGUCAAAAUAAUUGUUUUCAAGAAAGUUUAAAAUAUUUUGCCAAAAUGUCCGAUUUUGACGUACCUACCACUUCUGACAAAGAGUUACAAGAUUUUUUAAUGAUAGAAAAGCAAAAGGCACAAGUUAAUGCACAGAUCCAUGAGUUCAAUGAAAUAUGUUGGGAAAAGUGUGUUGGUAAACCAAGUUCUAAGCUGGAUAGUGGAACAGAAACCUGCCUACGUAAUUGCGUUGAUCGUUUUAUUGACACUUCACUUCUAAUCACCCAACGUUUCGCGCAACUGCUGCAACAAGGAUCCACGCACUAACAUGUUGAAAACGAGAAAAAAAGACAACUUUAAACCCAAAGCAGAUAAUAUUAAUAAUGAUGCAUUUGCCAUCUUGACUAUAAUGGGUCAAUAUAACGAACUCAUUAGCUGCCAGUGAGAACUAGAGUAAUGUGAUUUUUAUCAAAAAAACAUGUUUCUGUUAUUUAAGUUUAAAAUAAAAAUUACAUAAAA